AUGGUCUGUACCUCUCUAUAUAUACCACGCCUUCUUCUCGCAGUUGUCACUCUGCUCUUACUUCAUUACAUUUACAAACAUAAACACUUCCGGGAAUGCACGAAACAAGACAAUUCCAAACUUACCCCACCAACGGAACUAUAUGUGUUUCCACUGCUAGGAAGUCUGCCACUUACAUACAUCUGGAACCCAAGGGGUUUCGUCCUGAACUCACACAAUUUCUUCCAAAGGUCACAUCCAGUCCGAGUCAAGAUACUCAAUUACGAAUUUUAUGUCGUUCAGGGUGCAGAGAACAUUAAAGUUAUUUUCAAGAACUCUUGGGCAUGCACGUCAGUCCCCUUUGUCAAAUUUGCUCUAGGAUACGCUUUCGGGUUGCCUCCGAAGGCGCUAAGCUUGUACGAUAAAGAUAAUUCCGGCAGCGGCCGCGUACCUCACCCCGACAGCACCGUGGAGGCAAGGAAUCGUGUCGACUAUCGCGUAUACCAAACCUUGGUCAAAUUACUGGAGGGGAAAGGACUCCUGCCCUUCUGGAGCCGGUUUGCAGACGAUAUCACCACGAGAAUGUGCACUCUGCAAUCUCGCUUUGAAGGUUCCGACUGGGAACAUUGCACAGACCUAAUGCGGCUUGUUGGAGAUGAAGCUACCAUUUCAUUUGUUAACGCACUCUGCGGACCUCAUCUUCUACGGUUGAAUCCGACAUUUCUGCAAGACUUUUGGGAUUUUGAUCACGGUAGUAUGCAUCCGAAUGAACUGACCUCCGUCUCAGGCAUGCCAUGGAUCCUCGCUCCGAGGGCUUACGCCGUCCGGAAAAGGGUUCUGAAUGCCGUUAGAAUCUGGCAAAAGCAUGCACGAGAAAAUUACACAGACUCUGCAAGAGGAGCAGACGGCGACGAUCCGUUUUGGGGGGCCACCUUCUUUCGAGACAGGCAGAAUAUGUUUCUUGAAAUGGACGGUUUUGAUCAUGACGCUAUCGCGUCUGAAGAUUUCGGAGCGAUAUGGGCAGCAAGAAAUUCUAUCGCCACUACGUCCUGGACCGUUUUCGAAUUGUACAGAGACGUUGAACUGCUCGAAAAAGUCAGAGGCGAGGUGGAUGCUUGUAGAAUACCUGGUCCAGAUGGCCGCAUCCGUUUUAAUAUCGACGCAUUACUCCGCCAGCCAGUUCUCCAAGCCGUCUAUGCCGAGACCUUGCGCCUCAGAAUGCACUUCUAUAUGAUCAGAAUGCCGGAUAAGGUCGACAUGGACAUACGAGACUGGGUCAUUCCGAGACGGAAAGUGAUCGUCACAAGUACAACCUGCGCACACAUGGAUACGAAAGCAUGGAACACCGGUGUGAACAACGACUACCCUAUCGACCAGUUCUGGGUUGGAAGAUUCCUCAAGGAGCCUACACACCCCACUUCGACUCCUGCAUUUUCGACAAAAGACCUGGAAGGAUCGUGGAUGCCGUACGGAGGCGGACCGCGACAAUGUCCUGGCCGCCACUUUGCGAAACGCCAGAUAUUGCUCACAUCUGCUUUGAUUGUGACCUUGUUCGACUGUGAGAUUCUCGGGGACGGUAGAGGUGUGAAAGAGGAUGUUUCUCUUCAAGGCUUUGGCGUUGGGAUUUCGCGUCCAGCGUCUAAAAUCCCAGUGAGGCUGCGGCGACGAUGUUAG